AACUAGAUUCCCAGCUAAUAAUAUUGAAUUUUCCAAAUGUAGUAAAUUUAAGAAGUAUGCUUCGAACAGUACGGAGUAAAGAAUAGAGAAGUUUAUCUUUUGCCAAUUAUUGAGUGCGAAUUGAGACUUUCUUGUGCAAACAAAAAAGUAAGAGUGCUCAUCGAUCUCAUCAAACUUAAAGCUCUUGUUGCUACAGUCUUCAUUUGAACUUUGCGAAAUAGAGUAGCAAUUUUAAAAAUCGAACGUCGCACAGCAAAGCAAUGAAUAUAUUUGUUAAAUUGGCACUUAUAACGCUGAUUGCGGCUACAGCAAAAGCUGCACACUUGAGUGUGAUUAGUCAGGAUGAAAAUGUACCAAGUGCACCAUUGCCUUCCACUGGUGCUGCUGUUGAUGAGGUUGUGGUUGAAUCAUCGCUUUACAUAAAACCAAAGCCUAAACCAAAUGUUCGAAGAAUACGUAGCAUACCUAAUAUUGAAUUAGCUUCGCUUAUAGAGCACAAACGUGUGAAGCGUAUACCUCGAAGACAAAACAACGCGUUCCAACAACCAGAAUACGGACAAUCUCAAGCGGCUGCGAAUGCUGCUGCCAACAAUAACUAUCAGAAUCCUUUCGGUUUUGGUGCAUCGCAAGCAAACGCACAGUCCCAAGCCUUUAAUGCACAAGGACCUAGUGGGUCUUUCGGUGCUUCGUCUGCUGGUUCUGUCACACAAGCUUUGAACGCCAACAAGUUCGGUAUACAAAACUCUGCUGGAGCAUCUUUGGCACAAACAUAUACCUUACCAAAUAGACAAACUAUUAACUUCGCAUCGACAAACAGUUUUGCUAAUUCUCCUUUAGCUAAUGCGAACAGCCGUGGAAGCUCAGUUUCCGUAAGUCAACCGAUCAACUAAAACUAUCAAAUGAGA